CUGUUUGUCGAUUGAAAUUCCUCGGCCCCUUUCGGAUCUCUCCGCUUUCUCUAUUGGUUUUGUAGCCCAAAGCAAUUUCCACGCAGCGAGAGGUGCAGUGUUAAAGGCAGGUAAGAGAGAUGGAUUUGGACCAGUGGAUCGCGAAGGUGAAGGAAGGGCAGCAUCUGCUGGAAGACGAGCUUCAGCUUCUUUGCGAAUAUGUAAAAGAGAUUCUCAUUGAGGAGUCGAAUGUGCAGCCUGUGAAUAGCCCGGUAACUGUUUGUGGUGACAUUCAUGGCCAAUUUCAUGAUCUAAUGAAACUUUUCCAGACAGGGGGUCAUGUACCUGAGACAAAUUAUAUCUUUAUGGGAGACUUUGUUGAUAGAGGGUACAAUAGUCUGGAAGUGUUCACCAUCCUUUUACUUCUUAAAGCUAGAUACCCAGCUAAUAUUACCCUUUUACGAGGAAACCAUGAAAGUAGGCAGCUAACCCAGGUUUAUGGGUUUUAUGAUGAAUGCCAGAGAAAGUAUGGAAAUGCCAAUGCCUGGCGGUAUUGUACAGAUGUUUUUGACUACCUAACGCUUUCAGCAAUAAUAGAUGGAACUGUGCUCUGUGUUCAUGGUGGUCUUUCUCCUGACAUUCGAACGAUUGAUCAGAUAAGGGUUAUUGAUCGAAAUUGUGAAAUUCCACAUGAGGGACCCUUUUGUGAUCUAAUGUGGAGUGAUCCUGAAGAUAUUGAGACAUGGGCAGUCAGUCCCCGUGGUGCAGGUUGGCUUUUUGGAUCCAGAGUCACUUCUGAGUUUAAUCACAUAAAUACUCUUGAUCUUGUUUGUCGAGCUCAUCAACUAGUGCAAGAAGGCCUUAAGUAUAUGUUUCAAGAUAAAGGCCUUGUAACUGUAUGGUCUGCACCUAAUUAUUGUUACCGGUGUGGAAAUGUUGCUUCUAUUUUGAGCUUCAAUGAAAAUAUGGCAAAAGAUCUAUUUGAGAAUCUCCUUGCACAAGCUCUCACUAAAAAGUUAAAGGAAAAUACUUCUCAAAAAUACAGUGGCCAGAACACACUGUGAGCUUGAGAAGCUCACCAAAAAUUCUUCAAGCUUCUGAUGAACUUUCCUUGGUUCCUACUUCAAUCUUGCCAUCGCUAUCAUUGUUGUUCACAUUGUGCUUCUGUUGAUGUUUUCAGUAUGCUGGAAAGCCAUUAAAAUACCAAUGCCAUUGUCAUGUGGCGAUCGUAUGGAAGAGUAUCAUUGAAUUGUUUGGACAUAUUAAAUAUACAUAUCUCCUCAUGCUAAUAAGGAGUCCUUAACUAUCAAACUUUCUCAACCAUUUCCAAACUAACUCCUAAUUCCCCACAUAAUGCCUAGUAGCAAAAGAUGAAGAGAUAAUGACAAGGAGGAAGAACUACAUGCCUAGCUGUUGCCUGGCAGUAUAUGAAGGAUAUUCAGUUAGGAGAAGGUUUAUUAAGUCUAUCCAGUAGUGUGUUGGCAGAGUCUCUUAGUCUUUUGAAUACCAGAGGCUGCCUUUCGUGUUUAGCAUUUCUCUUGUGCUUAGGUAUUGCAUUCGUUUCUCUCAUUCCUUGGAAUCCGAGUUGCAGAUCCUUUUCUCUAAAUAAUGCAAGUCAACUUAGAGAGUCCCCCAGUUCUUUUUGUUUUUUUAUUUUCAUUCUGGUUAACUUAAAUUUCCAUUCCUCUUUUUGCUUAGAUGGUAAUGUUACCAAGGCAGCUGUCCUCGCUCUUACCAAGGCAGCUGUCCUCACUCACACCAUGCAAACUACUGCAUUUUGGAUCUUGUCACUUUAGGCUGCCUUUUCCAAUUGAUAAUUUUGGGUGAAAGAUGUGAAUUCUCGUGUUGAAAUGGAUUUAUAGAAUCUGAUGGAACUUGAUGCUAUUCGAACGAAAGCAGACACAGUAGGAGCAAUAUGAUGGAAAUCUAUACUCAAUUUUGUCCUUUCAUUCAACAGGAAAUAUCUCCUGCAAUCAACAUCCAUAACAGAGUGAACAAUAUAUCAGAAGCAAAAGAAUAAAAAAAUAAACCUAUUCUGGCAUUCGAGGCUCCCAAAAUCCUUUGCCGGGUUCUCUGCACUUCCUUGCAACAACCCACC